GCGGUGCGCAGUGGCCAUGCUGCUGCUCAUCAACAGCGCCAACUGCCAGGUGGCCGGCUUUGCGGUGGCCACGGUGGGCUGGAUCCUGACCACCACGUCCAUGGGCCUCGUGGAAUGGAGAGUGUGGUACAUAGAGAACAACGCCCUCAUGCCCCCGGGCCUGGUGUGCGUGGGCAUGUGGAAAGUCUGCGUGUACCACCACGUCAGCGACCACAACAGAGUCACCCUGUGUCAACGGUACAGCUACCGCGACCCGAAUCUCCCGCUUGAUAUUCGUGUCUCCCAAAACCUCCUGCUGAUCGCCAGCAUCCUAGGCCUCCUGGGGCGAGCCUCCAUCAUCUUCGCUCUCAGGAACGCGUACCUGGGAAUUCUGCGGGAGAACGCCACCUUCAACCCAUUCGUCGCUUCGGGAAUCCUGAACCUGGCCUCCGGCGUCUGCAUCGCCGUCACCGUGGUCUGGAAUUACCACUCUGUGAUGAGCGAGCACGGCAUUUCCUUCCCCCCGUCGCUGUCGAUUCCCUUCAAGCCAAACACUCAGGAGAUCGGCAGUGCCUUUCUGGUGGCGUGUCUGGCCGCCUUCAUGAUGUUGCUGAGCGGGGUGAUUUUCCUGUCCCACAAGUUCUCCACGGCUAUCCAAGUGCAUCCUCAAACUUCCGACAUGUGAAAUUCCUGGUUUCGUCGGCUUUGCGAAUCCAGGAUGGCCAAGGGUUUAUGAGAAAUAUUAGCAGACUGUCCUAUCCAAUAUUUACAAAGACUCCAGACCAUGGCAGAGGUAGCUUGGGGCAGAAGAUGGCCAACUCUUUCUUUUACCUUCUGUAUCUUUUGUUUCGUUGAUUUACCAGCUCUUUGAUUGAAUCGAGGAAAUUUCAUUUAAAAAAAAAAAUCUUCCUCACCUGCCUAUUGGUCUUAUUGGAUCUGUAUUUUAAUUAUUGUU